AGGUCAUCACCUUGAUUCUUUAUCUGGGGAUGUGACAACCCUAACCCUUUUUAAAAAUAGAUUUCAGUGUAACUUAUAGGAAUAAAUGCUGAUCUUUUACAGCUCUUGUGAGUGUUUCUUGGUCUCAAAUAAAAGGGAACUUAUACAUUGUGUAUGCAACACAAAUAGAGCUUAAGGACCAACCAUUUAUUAUUUAUAAUAGAGUUUAACAGCAACUUUACAUUUUUAAUACUACUACUUUUAAUGCAUCACAGCUCCCUUUUUGUGUCACAUAUUUACAUUUAAGAUUAUUUUAUGAAUGAGGUGUCAACGUGUUUUCUAUGUUUGGACAUCAGGCCACCACCAAAGCAAGGAAAAUGUUGCAACUCUUGAACAUUACUUUUCCUUACAGAGGUUUUUGUGUUGAGGAUAUGUCCAGAAUCAAACAAGAAUAGACGACGGAUAUUAUAAAGUACAGGAUAUGAUGGAAACGUAAACAUCAGCAUACAUGCAAAUGCAAACAUACUGUUUUGCAGGUAUAAUACUGGCUUAGAAUUUAUAGGGUACGUUGCAGUGUGAAGGGAUAUAUUAUGUAUUGGUUUGUUUUGUUUGUUCGGAUGAACUUGUUACUGUUUAUUGAUGUUUUCAAUUUGGGUGAUUUCCUUCUGUUGACUGUCUUUUUAUUUUUGUUCAAUUAACAUCUUCUUCUCCCUUCAAUCGGCAUGGCACCAUGGCAUUGGCAUUUCAUUUGCGUGUGCGUAUUUAUUUGAGGCUGCCACCUCGCUUUAAAAGGAUUUCACUGACCAGGGAACGAGGGCGGAACCAUCGUGCGCUCAUCUUUGUCCCCCCGUCGGAUGAGAAAGAGCGCUGCACAAAUCAGAACUCACGAAUAACAGGACCAUUGCUUUUUCAGUGGCUCAUUAUUGAGUUAAUUAUAUUUCUUUGUUGAAAUUUUGGCUUUGCAUAAUGAGCAGGUGGGCACUGAAUACAAUAGGUUUGAUUUAUGACAUUCACAUUAGUUUGCUAGCGGGCUUAGCUAAACUAUAGGUAGCCGAGUGCCAGCUGUCAUUCGUGCAUUUCAAGUUCAGCUAAAGUACGCUCGCGUUCCGUUAAGCUCGCGACAUGUCACAAGAGGGGCCUCUCCUGGCCUCUGCGGAGGGACAAUUGAAGAGCGACGUUAAGGUGAAAAAGAGCCGGAGUCGCGUGGGCGUCAUUGUCACGGGCCUGCUGGGGGGGUCGCUUGUUGUCUUGUACGCGGUGGCCGCUCCGUUUAUCGCUCCCGCCCUGCGGAAGUACUGCCUCCCGUUCGUCCCGGCGACCACAGCCCAGGUGAAGAACGUCCUCGGUGUGCUGCGAGCCAGAUCAGGGACCCUGGCGGACAUUGGCAGUGGGGAUGGGAGAAUAGUGAUCGCAGCGGCCAAGCACGGGUUUCAAGCGUCCGGCUUUGAGCUGAACCCCUGGCUGGUGUGGUAUUCUCGCUACAUGGCCUUGAGAGAGGGAGUCCACCGUUCCACCUCCUUCCAUAUCUCAGACCUGUGGAAGGUCAGUUUUGCUCAGUACUCCAAUGUUGUCAUAUUUGGAGUCCCUCAAAUGAUGGACCAGCUGGAGCUGAAGCUGGCAAGCGAGUUACCGUGUACAGCCAAGGUGGUGGCCUGCCGCUUUCCCUUCCCUACUUGGGUCCCUGAACAUUCUGCCGGCGAGGGCAUAGACACCGUGUGGGUCUACGACGCCAAGACAUUUAAAAACCACCUGCAACAUGGAAUGGCAAGGAUGACAACUCCAGAACAUGAGGAUAAAUCAGAUUCACACACAUGAAUGCAAACACUUGGCGUAUAACUGAAAUUCCUGGGGAAGACUGUUGUCCUUAAACACAUCAAUGUCCUUGACUGUAAGAUUGAACCAAGUUGUGAAAAGGCCCUGAUUGAUACCGGCCUCGAUGAGCGUUUAAAGUGGGUUGCCUCCUGUCACCACAGGGUUAUCAGCCUCAUCAUGUCUGCACACUCAUGCCUAAAAGCAGGUGAAUGAUCAACCAGGUAUUUUGUGUUUUGUAUGUGUGUAUGCUCAAAACCAGCCCAGGAAUAAAAGGGAACACAAAUGGUACUGUUAAUUACCAAAUGAAAGUUAAAAGAAGUGGCACACGCCAUGCUCGUAAAUGAUUGCAUUACUCGGUUUAGCAAUAUAAAGUUUAAUUAUUAUUUACAGAAGGAAAAAAGUGUUGCCAAGUGGCUGUCAAAUGUAGCAUGUCUGUCUCACAGAAAACUCCACUGUGCCCUAUUGUAUUUUUCUUUUCAGUGUGCGUUUAUAAAUAAAGGUUGAUUGCGCUGGGCUGCCACCUAGUGGUAGAAAUA